GCUCCCUUCCUGACUUCCCCACCCUGCCCCCGGUACCAUGGCGUCCAGCGAGGAGGACGGCACGGUUGAGGAGAAGGAAAACAACAACAAGAAGAGAACGAAAAGCGCCCUCGUCACCGCAUGGCUCACUUUCUACAACAUCGCCAUGACCGCCGGGUGGCUGGUUUUGGCCAUGGCAAUGAUUCGCUUCUACAUCAUGAAAGGCACACACAAGGGCCUGUACAGAAGUAUAGCAAGGACACUCAAGUUUUUCCAGACCUUUGCUUUAGUUGAGGUGGGACAUUGUGCAAUCGGGAUUGUGAGGACUUCUGUCAUUGUAACCGGGGUUCAAGUGUGUUCACGGAUUUUCAUGGUUUGGUUCAUCACCAACAGCAUCAGACAGGUCCAGAAUGAAGAAAGCGUAAUCCUAUUCCUGGUCGUGUGGACGAUAACAGAGAUUACCAGAUAUUCCUACUACACAUUCAACCUGCUCCACCACCUGCCAUACUUCAUCAAAUGGGCCAGAUACAACCUUUUCAUCGUGCUGUACCCUCUGGGAGUCGUCGGGGAGCUGCUGACCAUUUAUGCUGCUCUGCCGUUCGUGCGCAGAUCUGGAAUGUACUCCAUGAGACUCCCCAACAAGUAUAACGUGUCCUUCGACUACUACUACUGCCUCAUCAUCGUCAUGCUGUCCUACAUCCCACUGUUUCCUCAGCUCUACUUCCACAUGCUGCGGCAGAGGAGAAGGGUGCUUCUCGGUGAGGUCAUAGUGGAAAAGGACGACUAGACGAGUCACUCACCUCAUGCCUUCGUUUGAGCCAGCCUGCCUCCACCUCCACCACCGUCAUCGUCACCUCCCCCACUCCCAUCAACACCUCCAUCUUUAGCACCAAUUGGCCGUUACAUUCUUCAUUGCACGGGACCGGAAGAGCUGUGCAGACGACCACCACCUGUCUGACGAGAGCGAGGAGUCCAUCAGCACUGAGCAAUAAUACCUGAGUCUUUACAGGAUUGAUUCCUAUCUGAAUGGUCAUACUGGAAACACGUUUACAGUCCCAGUGUUGCUGGAGCUCGACACAGAAGCCUUGACGUUGCUCUGCCUUACUGCGCCUUGUUGCACUGAAAAAUAUGAGCCACCACCUGUGUGAAGGAGAGAAAGGUAAACAAAGAGGCUUCCAGGGAAAUGUGAAAUAAAAGGAGGAAGAUUGCAAGUUGUGUCUCCUGAAGUGUCCCCACAUCCGACCCAAUUGGCAGGGUUUAAAAAAGAGAAAAUAUGCAUAGCUCUAUCAUACCUCAACAAUAAAUCCACAUUUAGACAAGAUGCUGCUUCUUUUGUUGUAUGUUUGUAAAUGAUGCAAUGUGAAACGAGCGGUUGAUAGUAUUUCUUAAAAGAUAAUUUAUUCACAUACUGUAUCACUUAGAGCAAGCACAGCUCAGACUUAACAUUGUGUCCGCUUGGCUCCUGCAUUCUUCGAUGUCGCUGUGAUGUUUACGAUGUCAAAUUCAUUUACAAGAGUGCAUCUUAAUUUGAGUCUUCAAAAGAGCUUUCUCUACAGGCCGCUGUAGGUGAGACGACAAUUCAGAUUUGUGUGAGCACUCGCAGUCUUCAGUCGCUGUUGUUUGUUUUUUAACAGAAAGAAUCUCAUGUGAUAGAAAGGUAGUUAGAUUCCCUCCUACUAAAGGUGCUAUUGUAAGAUCAUUUCAAUCUUCUGUGCAGCUGAAGGAGUGACUGUGAUUGACCUAAAGUAGGAAAACAGGAUGUGAAAUGACUGAGUGCAAAUGUUGCAAAGCCCAUGGUUAUCUGAGAAAAUUAUAAUCUGGGUCAGAGAGAAGAGAAACAAUAAAAGUCAAUGUCACAAAAAUCACUGGACAAGUUAUUUUUCAAGAGCAAAACGAUAGAAAUGUGAAAAUACCUUUUUUUGUGCAAAAUCAAUAAACUAAAUUCUACAAUA